AUGUCUAUCGAUCGUGGACGUCCGGGAACUGAUCGUAGGAAGGUAGUUUCCUUUUCUGAAAUUUUUCAAGAGUUAAAAAAAAACGUUAAUUUUCAGCGUCUUCACGAGCUCGUGGAUCUUCGUGAAGAGUUGAAGGAUUUGCAGGCCAAUUUGGUAAAUUUGGUCUUUUCUUGAGCAGACUUCUGACAUCUAUGUCAAAAAUAACACAUAAAGGCCAUUUUCUAGCUAAAGAACGUUACGUUCUCGUUGGUCUCUGAACUUUUCGUCGUGCGACAUUGGUCCGCGUUCUGCUUCCUUCUCUUCAAUCGCUUCAUCUGUAGCUGCUCGGUGAGGUGUCUGAAACGUUUCUCGGAGAGUAAACAUAAAGUUUCAACGACAACUGACCGCAAUUAGACUUCAUUCUUUCGGUUUUUGAGUGUUUUUGCCGAUCCGUGCAGCGAUGAGCCGAGAAGCCGGCGUUUUCUGCGUUUUCAAGAUGAAAAGGAGGUGAAUAAGCGAAUUGACAUAGAACAAUUAAGGUUAUCACGAGAAAAUACGAAAAUUCGACCAAGAACUCUGAAACAAAGGCUGAAAACUCGUGAAAAUCGCGGGGUUUUGCUUAAUAUCCUGCAAAAUUCAACAAACGCCACUUUCUGCUAAACAAGGCGCAGUACGAUGCUUCAAAAACCGGCGAGCCUCCAUAAACUCUAAUUUUAAGCAAAACCCGCGAUUUUCAAGGUUUUUCAGCUUUUUUUUUCAGUGUUCUAAUCCGAAUUCUCGUAUUUCCUCGUAAUAACCUUGAUUUUUCUAUGUCUAUUUGUUUAUUCUCCCCUUUUUCAGCUUGAAAACGCAGAAAAGGCCGGCCGCUCGGCCCAUCGCUGCACGGAUCAGCAUGAACACUCGAAAACCGAAGGAACAGAGUCUAAUUGCGGUCAGUUGUCGUUGAAACUUUAUGUUUACUCUCCGAGAAACGUUUCAGACACCUCAUCAAGCAGCAACAAAUGUAACGAUUGAAAAGAAGGAAGCAGAACACGACGAACGAAAUGCAUUGCAAUUUUUAUUGACGACUUGGUUUUUGGCGCUUAUUUUCGCAAAAAACCUGAACUCGACUGUUAAAAUUUGAAUUGCGCGCUUGCGUCGAAUUUCUAGUUGUUGAUAGCGUGGUAUCUUAUACAUAUAUAUAUAUCGUAUAUAUGAACUCUCAAAAAAAAUGCAAAAAUUUCCAGGCUCACGAGGAGCUCCGCUUCGCCGACGCCGUCCAAAAACGAUCGACAGUUUUGAACCGAAACGAGCAGGAAUCGGAGGAUGAGGAUCACUUUUUGGAGAGUUUGAGGCUAUCCGAAGAGAGCAUUGUUCGUUUCAUUUCUUUUUUUCUUUUAGAAUUGCCUUACAAUCAUCAUUGAAACAGAAGUUUCGCCGCAAAGUUUAAGCAGAGUUUAUAUAAAGUUUGCCUGAAAGUUUGCGUAAACUCUGCUCAAGAUUUGUUCGUUUAAAAGUUGCUCAAACUCAGUUUGAAGUCGGGCAAACUUUAAGCAACGUUGAAGCACAAUUUGAAUUUUGUUUUUCAGCACCACCACCGUCAGAGAAUUCUCGACAUCCAAGGACAAAUAAUCGACAAAAAAGAGAGCAUUUCGAGUCUGGAGAUUUUGGUGAAAAUGGACGAGAGCCGCUGA